AUGGGAGAAAUUGGAAAGCACCAGGUGAAAACGCGACGCUUAGUUAUUCUAACUGAUCUUUCCAUCCCAGAUUCGUUUAUUAAAUUAACGGGUUGUUUUGAUUCUGCCAUUCUUAGAAAAAUUAGGAUCACCGGAGAAGUUUCGAAUGAAAUAUUGGAAGCAAUUAUUGUGACAGAGCAAUGGAAAAAUCUUGAUGAUGUAACACUGCAAGGUCGUAACACUACUCCGAUACUUCAGCUUCUUCCACCAAAUGUCAUUCAGUUUUCUUUGAAUAGAUACGAUUUGAUUCUGAGUCCAAAUGAUGUUGUGAGAUUAGUACAAAGGUAUAUAAACAGAAACAGCCGCCAUGGUUCUUAUUUUCAAGUUUUGACAACACCUGAGACUCAAUUUGAUGAAGAUGCCACGUUACAGCAACUCAGAUCCAUUGCGAUGGGUUUUGAUAGAACAGAUGAAUAUACUGAUGUAAUGUUUGAAAUGCCUUCCACAGAUUAUGUUUUUGUGGCACGAGUUUUCGGGGUCGGAGUGCAAGGAGCGGUUUUUCUCGAUAUCAAAGAUACAAGAUGCAACCUUGCCAAGUUUGUGGUUCAGUUGGUCCACAUGGAGCUCACUUUGGAGCGAUAUAUUCAAAAUUACAGUUAUUUCUGCAAACCAUGCAGACUGCAAAAAUGUUUUGAAGCAGGAAUGGAGACUUCCAAUUUCCAAUACCACCGAGAUAGUCUUCACGAUUCGAACAAUUCGUUGGUUCCUCGUAUCCCAUACAAAUCAAAGGUUCCGCAAACGAUGGGAACUUUUGUGGGUCGCCCUGAAAUGAUAUUGUUUUGGGAUUCUCAGAAACCCACCCACAAAACUUAUAUUGAUGUGAACUAUUUGAUUGAUGAAGCGACGAGGAUUUUUGGUAAUCCGGUAGAAAGAGUUUAUUUGGCAUCAAAUCGACUACAGCGACUGUCGCUUGGAUUGAAUGUUGUCAGAGGAAAUGUUAAAAACUAUCGAUUUGUGACAGAGUUGACACAAAAGGAAGUGUCCGACACGUGGCAGUUCUACUUUCUGGCAGUGGCCAAGUGGCUGACUCAUUUCACAGAGUUCGAAGAAUUGGAAAUGAGUGUGAAGCUAACAAUCCUACAAUACAUCUGGCAUAUCUGGUCAGUUUUAGAUCACCAUUCUCUAGUCUCAGUACAUCAAAGAAACAAUCCGAAUGCCCCAAGAACUCAAACAGUCACACGGCGAGGUGUGAUGGUGGAUAAGACGAAAGUACACUUUGAUUCCACAUGGCUUAGUGAUUAUCCUUCAAGACAAAUCGGCGGCUUUCUACGGAAUCCAUCCAGUUAUAAUGUGACAGGAGCGCUUGUAGCUCUGCAACCAACAGAUGUGGAAAUGACAUUUAUGCUAGCACAGUUGUCAUUUGAGUAUGCUGGGAAGAGAUGCCAGGGAGAAGUUCAAAAAAUCUUAGAACGUUUUCAAGACCUUCUGGCAGAUGACAUUCAUCAGUAUUAUACGAAAGAACUAAGAAUGCAUAGCUACUUUGGAAGAUUGUCGAAGCUGAUGAAAGUGAACAAUGCGAUACAAAAAAAGAUCUGGGAAGCACGACCUCGAAUGGAAUUGGCUAAAAUUUUUAAUUUGAUAAAACUUGAUUUUUCUCAUCCGGAAAUGUUCAAAGAUUCUGGGUACAAUUGA